AUGGUUGAGUUUGUUCGCACUUUUGUGGACGAGGAUCUAGGUGCAGCAAUUGGCAUCGGCUAUAUGUACACCUACACGGUCUCAUUCAGCGCCCUGAUUGUAACUGUGGCAAACCUCGCCGGCUACUGGAACAUUGCUUCUGGACUGAAGUCGACAAUCUUUAUCGUUGCCCCUAUCCUACUUGCAUUCUCAAAUCUACUUUGGGUUGAGGUGAGAUUCCCAACGCCACAGCUACACGCACUUGCUGAUGCACUUCAGGUUUUCGGAUACAUCGAGGCCAUUGGUGGUAUUAUCAAGCUCGGACUUGUGGCCUUUGUCUUCUUCCUGAUGAUCUUCGUCAACCAAGGCGGUAUGCGUGUGCCGAAAUCGUCGAGAGUCAUUCUCGCUAAUCAACACAGUGGUCGGUGA